CCAGCGCUUCUCUCAUUCACAAUACCCUCGCCCCUAUCACUCACACUACAAUCACCCAAUCCUCCAAAACACAGAUAUCCCACCAUGGCAUCCAACACACAACGAAUCACCACCCUCCUCAAACACUGGCCAACCGACAAAGUGCGCCCAUCCUCCGUGUCCGUCCAGAACUACCUCCAAGCCUGCCUCCAACCCUCAUCCACCGAACCCACCUCUCAGAAACAGCCUCAACAAGAAGGCCAAUUACAAAAAGUCAACAUCGACGAGAAAUCCCUCAACGCUCUUUCCUCACUCCUCGAAGACCGGUACGCGAGACGCUAUCCCCUGUCGCCGAGAUUGCGCAGACCGGCGAGUAACCCGGAUCAUUACGAUAAUGUGAUUCGGGAGUUCGAUGAGGCGCCGGACCGGGACUGGAUGGGAAGGUUGAAGAAGAGAUUGGGUGGAUUGUUGAGGUUGAGGUAGUUUGUUUGCCUUUGGGGUUUAGAGGGCUAUUGGGGGAGAUGAGGGGAGUGAUGGUGGUGGCCACCUUUCUAAUGGUGUUGUGUUGUAUUAGUACUAUGGGAUGGCAUGGGUGAAGAAGGGAUAUUAAAAAAUGGCUCUGGUUCUAGUUCGGGUUCUGUACUUUACGACCUUGUAUAUAUAGUGUAAUAUCUGGCUGAAAAAUUUGGUAUCUGUUCAAUGGCAUUAUUUUUG